AUGUCCUAUGACCGAUACUUGGCUGUUUGCCAUCCAUUACGUUAUUCUUCUUUUGUGAAUAAUAUCAUCUAUCUCCGAGCCAUCAUUGCUUUUUGGAUUAUUUCGAUUGGAUUUGCAGGUGUAAUGUCCUUUGUUUUUAGCCAGUUACAAUUUUGUGGCCAUAACACAAUAUUCCAUUUCUUCUGUGACUCUUCUCCAUUCGUGGGCCUGGCCACCUCUGAUACAACAUAUGCCCAUUUCCUUACUGCUCUAAUAAGUGCUUUUCUGAUAUUGGGCACAGUUUUGUCCGUUUUUGUAACGUACAUGUUUAUAAUUCGUGCAAUCCUUAAAAUUCCCACAUCCUCCGGCAGGAAGAAGAAGACAUUCUCUACAUGUAGCUCCCACCUCAUUGUGUUCUCCAUGCAGUUCGGUCUCGGACUUGGUGCCUAUGCAUUGCCUGCUGGAGCUGCAACACCUCAAGCCAAUAACACUUUUACAAUUGUAAACUCUUUAUGUACCCCAUUAGUGAACCCCCUGAUAUAUUCAUUUAAAAAUAAAGAAUUUCAGGCAGAAUGGCUCAAAAGGGUGAGGAAAACUGACAAAACAAAAAGCUGGGGAAAAUAG